ACAGACACCGCGGCGGCGGGGCUGGCGGGCUAGCAAACCUCGUAUUUAGCUGGCCCCGCGGGGACACAGUCGCCCGACCUCGGGCAAAGGCGGGGAGGGGGUGGUGCAGAGGGCGUCCCGCUUGACCAGGAGCUCCUCGUCGGCCUGGCCGGCCCCGAAGUUUGGGGGUGAAAGUUUGUGUCCGGGCGCCGCUGCGGAAGCGCCUCCUGGGAGCGGCGGCAGGUGACUUCCGUGGGACUGCUGGCCGACUUCAUGCAGUGCUUCAGGCAGGUUAGUGUCUCAGGGGAAGAUACCGAAGGAGAUGCAGGCAUGCUGAAAACUUCCCAGAAGUGAGCCAUGUGUUCUUCUGAAAGCUGAAAAGCAGCCCUCUGAUAGGGUCAUGAACCUAAGACAAGUUUUUGUGUCUUUAGUGAUGUUUGGAGUAGCUGGUCUACUCCUCUUCAUGUAUCUGCAAGCUUGGAUUGAGGAACAACAACAUACAGAGUCUGGAGAAAAAAUUCAACAGCAGAUAAUCAAUCAGGAUUUAACACUCACACCCCUGGGGACAUCAAGGACAGCAUGGAGCAGGAGUACUCGUUCUGUCUUCAGUAACCACGAGAUGGCCAUCUUGGGUGGCAGGCACUGGCAGGGCAAGGCUGACCCUUUCAGUGUACUGGGUGCCUCCUUGUCUGACCAGCAGAAGAUGAGCGAGUCACCUUUUAGCCAGCUCAGAGGGUUGUAUUUACCUCCUGCACUGCACCCAUUAAACAAGACAUUAGUCAAGGACAGCAAGUGGAAGGAUGUGGACAGCACCCAGGAAAAACGCAAGUCCCUCCUGCAUGACUUCUGUAAGAAAUACAACAGCAAAAAGAAGCUGCGAACCCACCUCAUGCACCUGGUGUCAAGAAUUUACGUGGAGGACAGGCACAAGGUCCUGUACUGUGAAGUGCCAAAAGCAGGCUGCUCCAAUUGGAAAAGGGUCCUCAUGGUACUCAACGGACUCGCCGCAUCGGCACACAACAUUUCCCACGAUGAUGUGCACUAUGGAAAGCAUCUGAGGAAACUGGAUAGUUUUGACCUCAAAGGGAUAUACACACGCUUGAACACGUACACUAAGACUAUAUUUGUACGUGAUCCCAUGGAAAGACUCGUAUCUGCCUUCAGGGAUAAGUUUGAACAUCCGAACAGCUAUUACCAUCCAGUAUUUGGGAAGGCAAUAAUUAAGAAGUAUAGACAUAAUGCAAGUGAAGAGGCAUUGAAAACAGGAUCAGGAGUCACGUUCAAGGAGUUUGUCCAGUAUUUGUUAGAUUCCCAUCGCCCAGUAGGAAUGGACAUUCACUGGGAGCAAGUCAGUAAGCUCUGCUAUCCCUGCCUCAUCAACUAUGAUUUUAUUGGAAAGUUUGAAACCCUGGAAGAAGAUGCCAAUUAUUUUUUGCAGCUGGUAGGUGCACCAGCCGAGCUGAAGUUUCCUAAAUUCAAAGACAGACAUUCCUCUGAUGAGAGAACAAGUGCAGAAGUAGUGAGGCAAUACUUAAAGGAAUUGUCUAAGGAGGAGAGACAGGGGACCUAUGACUUCUAUUCCUUGGAUUACUUAAUGUUCAAUUAUACGUCACCAAUUGUAUAGCACCAGAAUAGCUUCAAGCUUCUGUUAGAUAUUUUCCAUUUUUGGAAUUCAAAACAACUACUUUGAUAUUAGCCCUGAAAAGAAACAAAGUUACCGCUAAGUGAAGUUGUCUUGACUUAGAGGGACUUUUAUAAGCUAGAGUGACAUCAAUUGACAUUAAAUUAUAGGAGAAUGCACCAAAAAAAAAAGACCUGUGGCAGCAUAAAUUGCACUAAAAUGCCUGAAAAAGCUGCUUUUACCAUUAUGGAUUAUACUGUGGAAGUGGUAGCACAGCCAGCUGUUGCAUUAGCUUAUCUAAUGUUCUUUUAAUGGUUCAAUAAAAAAGCAUUCAGAGUAGCAUGGUUGUUAU